CUUUCCUUCUCGGCGGAGCUGCCUAGAACGCAGGUAAUACUGACAUCCACCAUCGCGUCUGUCAUUUUCGCCCUCCACGCAAAUACAACCGCUCUGUCUGUCUCUAUCUGCAGCUUAGAAGCAGCUUACAAAGUUCGUCGCGCAUCCUUCUCUUUACCCGGGCUCGCUGGCGCCAUGUCGCAAGUCAAACAGGAGCCGGGCUCGACGCCGUUCAUCAAGCCCGACCCCGACUCAAAGGAAACGUCGCUCGGUGCUAUGUCGGAUGAUGACCUUUACGAAGAUGCCGGAGAUCUUGAUUUUUCAAAUGCAGCCCAGGAUGUCUGGUUGACGCGCAUUCCGAAAUCGCUGUGGGAACACUGGGCGCAUCUGGACGAUGAUGAAGAGAUACAGAUCGGUACAGUCAGGGUGGAGGGAAGACCGGAAGAUACCAAGAGAAUCAGUCUGCGACUUUUCGAUCGACCGGAUAACAAAGAUGUCCCCAAGGACUACAUCUUAAAGCGCCAGAACGUGACAGGCGAAAAUACCUCCUACGCGGUACAGAACGGUUACGUAUUCACAGAAAAAGAUCUUCCUGGAUAUGAAAAUCGAGUCAAUCUUGUUUUUGGCGAGGCGCGCUCUGCUCUCUACGAGGCGAUGAAGCGAGAGGCUCGGAGGAAGGAUCGCAAGAGGAGAUGGGAGCCCUACGUGCGAAAGACGAUACCAAAGCAGACAGCUCUCGUCGGAAAGGUCCGAGACGAGUUCAACUGUAUGCCGGUGGAGAACGAAGAAUUCCAGAAGAUUACCGAGGAACAAGCCUUCAAGAUCUUCAAGCCCAAGGAGAAGGUCAGGUUUAUAGACAAGGUCUCGGGCAAGAUGCUCCGCGCUGGCAACGUCCUACCCGGAGAAAAGAGCGCCUUUGUGCAAGCGACAAAGCCCACCAAGCCUCGGCCCCAGGAAAACAAGACGACUCGUAUGCCGCAGAACGAGUUGCUGGAUCUUAUCUUCCAAUGUUUCCGGGAGCACAAAUACUGGCCUUUUAGCGCGCUGAAGGCAAGGCUCAAUCAGCCUGAAACAUACAUCAAACAGACACUGGAAAUGGUGGCACAUCUGGUCCGAUCCGGUGACUUCGCAAUGACCUGGGAACUCAAGCCGGAAGCCAAGGAAAGCAGCUACGCUAUGGCAUAUCAGAACGCAAAGGAGGAACUCCCACCAGACCCAGGGUACGGUAUGGACGAAGAAGAAGACGGUGGUGCCGGUUCAGAGAACGAGGAUGUCCAAUUCGAGAGCGUAGUUUAGACGGAUCGCAACUGCUCUACAUGCUUGUAAUUUUGGGUGAUGGCGUCAUAUGGCACCAACGGAUGGUCUACAAGAGGAGUCUGGGACUUUGUCUAUUUAAGAAUAUAUCUCUGAUAUUACAAAGAUGUGAACUAUUCACUAUAUCACCCUCAAUAGCCA